CAGUUUCCAGCCGCUCAGUAUGGAAGUCUUUCCUUGAAGCACAUUCCUGGAGGCUGAUGUCAGACGGAGAGGAGCAGCGAGAAAGGAAGCGGCCAUGAUGAAUCCAUCUGCCGAGCCCUCCGUCAGAUCAGGAAAUGAGAGCGAGAUAACCCUCCAUUGUUCUCUAUCAGGGCGGACUCCAUCAGCCAUUCAUUUCCAGGAAUGCUGCCCUGACGUAAUAACCAUCUGGGAAUCCUGCGAGAUCUGUAAACGCGGGAUUUAUGGGGACGGAUCAGACAUGGGACAGAAAUACUAAGCCGCUUUCCAAUUCCGAAAAAUCCCCAGUAAAAUAAAUGCAAGUCCUUGACGCGUCCUCUGCUCCCUGCGGUUCUUUAUGCACUAGGAACGGGGGCCCCUGUUACUGGGUAAGGUGGGUGAUGGCCAGUAUGGCGGCCAUUACUACUCCCAGAGGGGUGGUCACCCGUCUCUUACAGACUGUAUUUAGUGCUGGAGUCUAGAAGAGAUUUCCCUAAAAAUGGACAAUGAAGAAGUCCCGGAGUUCAUGAGCCCCAAGGAAGAAAUCGUCUACUGGAGAGAGCUGUCUAAGACCUAUAAACAGAGUUACCAAGAAGCACGUGACGAGUUGGUUGAAUUUCAAGAAGGGAGCCGGGAGUUGGAGGCCGAGCUGGAGACUCAGCUGGUGCAGGCAGAGCAGAGGAACCGAGAUUUGCUAGCAGAUAACCAAAGACUUAAAUACGAGGUGGAAUCCUUAAAGGAGAAGCUUGAGCAUCAGUACGCACAAAGCUACAAGCAGGUGUCUCUCUUGGAGGACGAGCUGAGUCGAGCCCGGAGCAUCAAGGACCAGCUUCACAAGUACGUGAGGGAGCUGGAGCAGGCCAACGACGACUUGGAAAGAGCCAAACGGGCUACAAUUGUGUCCCUGGAAGACUUUGAGCAGCGGCUGAAUCAGGCCAUUGAGAGGAACGCGUUUUUAGAGAGCGAACUGGAUGAGAAGGAAUCUUUGUUGGUGUCUGUGCAGAGAUUAAAGGAUGAGGCACGAGAUUUACGGCAGGAACUGGCAGUUCGUGAGCGACAGACAGAUGGAACAAGAAAAUCUGCCCCGAGCUCCCCGACUCUAGACUGCGAGAAGGCAGACUCUGCCGUGCAAGCCUCUCUGUCUUUACCUGCCACCCCUGUGGGCAAAAUCUCAGACAACAGUUUUACCUCUCCAAAAGGUAUACCAAAUGGAUUUGGUACCACCCCACUAACUCCAUCCGCCAGGAUCUCUGCCCUGAACAUCGUAGGAGACCUCUUAAGAAAAGUGGGUGCCUUAGAAUCCAAGCUUGCAGCAUGCAGGAACUUUGCUAAGGACCAGGCGUCACGGAAAUCCUACGUCCCUGGCAGCUUGAACAGCAAUAGCAGCAGCAGUAGCAGCAUAUUAAACAGCGGAACCAAGUUCUCCCAUCCGGCGCACACAACGUACUUCGAUAAAGGGGCAAUGAACGGAUACGACCCCCCGGGAAUCUUAGGAUCGCGGCCGGCGUCUCCUCCCGGAAUGCUCCCCCUCAGUGUAUGAGCGCAGGAACCGCUCUGAGAAAAGACUCUUAGCCUUCACGGUUUCCGAAAAAGAACAAAAUCUGCUUCACUUUAACCUGUUCACUGCCUUUGGGAGGGAGGUGACGCUGCUCCCACCGGGGACAGGAAAGGGGGUUAGACUAUAUUCACUUGAGCUGGAAUCGAGGCUGCGCAAUAUACUCUCUCUGCUGCCAUUUUGGACGCUUGGUAACCCCUGGGACACGGCUUCUGCGACUCCUUCCUUCUCGUGUCUCGGUUCACUGUAGUGCUGUGAAGUGGCUGUGUGAUCAUCCUGGAGACUCGGCACAACCACUAUAAUUAUGUACUCUCCUCACGACGCAGCAGGUGAUGGCGGCAGAUGGUCGCUCACCUGCGAAGGAUGCACCAAGGCUUUGGGUUCUCCAAUCCAGAGCUGCAAGAUAUCCUCUCGCCCCUUCCCCCUCCUAUAUUACAGGGUUGCACCUCGGCUUGUGUCAAUCAGAAUGUCUGUUUUAUUUGUGUUUUCCUCCUUUUUUUCCCCUCCUCCACCUCUUUUUUUAAGCAGUGUAACAUCUGUCUGGUCACCAACAGGGCUGUGAUGCAUUGUGGGGAAAAAACUAUAUAUGUGUAUAACCCCCAACCCCUCGCCCCUUGUUCUGUGCCUCUAUUCCUGUGGAUGCCUAAAACGCAACACCCGCCCUGAUAUGUCCAUAGAUGUUACACGGAGCUGUGCCCACUUCCCCAACAUUCAGUGCCAUGGCCUGGACAAUACACCAUAUGCUUAUUGAAAAUCAACUUCUUGAUGCUCCAGUCACAUCCCAAGCAGCGUUAAUAUUCUGAUGGUCUCUGUUGGCUGUCAGACUGCUGGUCUUCACUCCUUGCUGCACGGUGGGAGCUGUAGUGCCUACUUCGGGCGCCAUACUGUAGUCCAGGUCGUUGGGUCUGUUGUUGGGACUGCAGCUCUGGGUGUGAAAGGAGUAUAAGAUACGACGUAAGGAAAUUAAAGUGUCUGCAAAGUGACACAGCAUUAUAAAUUUUGCCUUCACACUGAUGCUCAAAGUGGAGAUAU